UUUCACCAAAACAAUUAUAUUUUAUUACCCGCUUGACACCGAAUAUUCCGGAUACUUAACUUUCUAUAAAUUUCAUCUCCAUUGCAGAAAUUUUCUGCUCACCAAUUCAGCUGUGCUUAAAAAUAAAAAAGUAAUCACAUCUCUCUUGAAUCAGUCUUGUUUCUCCCUGUUCGUGUAUGGCAGUGAGUUUAUUGACACGUCAAGUAUCCGACUUAUGUCUUGGAAAGCCUGCACUGAAAUCCCUCUCCAUUUCCUCCACCAUCGGAGAUGCCUUGUUGGCUUUGAAGCGGUUGGGAGAAAAUUUUAUCAGUAUUUGGAACUGCGAUCACCAUCAUUAUAACUUGUCAGCAGUCGACCGUGGUUUUAAAGAGUGUCAGUGUGUAGGUAAAGUUUGCAUGGUGAACAUCAUUUGUUUCUUAUGUAAGGAAGAACACCUGUCGAAUCCAGCAACUGCUCUUCAAACUCCACUUUCUGUUCUGAUUCCUAAAUCCCCUUGCCUUGUCAGACAUUUAGAACCUAACGCAAGUUUGUUGGAUGCUAUAGAUCUGAUUCAGGAAGGAGCCCAAAAUCUGGUGAUUCCAUUAGAAAGCAGCAGCAAAACUUCAUCAAGAAAAAAGCUUGUGCAAGGAACUCUUUCUAAUAUUUCAACCCUUCAUAACAACAACCGCCAAUAUUGUUGGCUAACUCAAGAAGAUAUAAUCCGUUACCUUCUCAAUUCCAUCGGCCUUUUUUGCCCCACUGCUGCUAAUCCCAUCAAUUCCCUCGACAUCAUCGACACUCGGAAUAAGAUGGCCCUUCAUUACGAUGACCCGGCCUCGUCUGCCUUACCUUUCAUUUCCCGGUCCCUCGAGAUUCAAGCUUCCGUUGCUAUAGUUGACAGUGACAGAAAGUUGGUCGGUGAAAUUUCGCCUUUCACGUUAAAUUAUUGCGAUGAGGAUGUAGCAGCUGCCAUUGCUACCCUUUCGGCUGGUGAUUUGUUGGCUUAUGUAGACUGCGGGGGGCCACCGGAGGAUUUAGUUCAGUUGGUGAAGAAAAGGUUGCAAGAGCGGAAUUUAGAGCAAGCUUUGGAAUUGGUAGAAGAAUAUUCGUCCGGAGCUUCGAUUCCAACAUCGUAUUCGUCUUCUUCGUCGGACGAUGAAUUUGGAAUGGGGAGGAGUGCGAGAUGGAUGGGGUACUCAGCGAGAGUGGUGAGGAGAUCGGAAGCAAUCGUGUGUUAUCCAUGGAGCUCGUUGGUGGCAGUGAUGAUUCAGGCGCUUUCGCGUCGAGUAAGUUAUGUGUGGGUGGUCGACGACGACGGAACUUUAGCCGGCAUAGUUAGCUUCGCGGGAAUGAUGAAAGUUUUCCGGGAACGUUCAAGGACUAUGGGUGAGGGGUGUCUUAAUUGAAGGAUCAGGAACGUAACAAGGAAAAAGCUAAGAAAUCCAUAGUUCCCUUUUUUAUGCGUUAAAAAUCCAUAAUUAAAACUUAUAUAUUUGGUAUUCAAUAUAUAUUAGCAAUUAAUUCAGGGAAAUCCAGAUUUUAAAAGAAAACCGACCACAAAGUUGUCGGCGGGUUGACGCAGGUAUUUAUGAAUUUCAGAGAGGAAAUAAUGCUAGUAGACCUUUCUAUUCAUCUUCAAUGGAAUUUUCUACCAACUUCGUUUAUUUUAAUUUAAUUACUCUAAAUAAAAAAUUAAUAAUUAUUUUUUUAAAAUUUUCAUUUUCUUUAAAUAGAUUGUUGAGGUGACAUUGAAGGACUCACAUGUGACAUUUUUUAAUUUUUGACAAAAAUUUAGAUGCCUCUUUAUAAUUAAUCUAUAACUUUUUCCUUUUCUCUUUCACGCUCGUCACUUUACAGGCUUAUGCUUUGUUUUCGUGGAGUUAAUGAGAAUUUUCAGCUAUGCUUCAAUUU